AUGGGGAUUACCUUUGGUUAUAUGUGCCGAAUUUGGCAGCUGCUGUCAUCUUCCUGCUCUGUUUUGCGGUUGCUACCGUCUUGCACAUCUACCGUCUCUUCAAGACUCGGACCUGGUUCUGCAUCCCAUUUGCGGCGGGGGGGGAUUUGUAAGGUCUCAUUUGAAAACUUCUACCCACACAUUGAACUAUAUGGCUAUGGAGGCCGGAUUGGCGCCCACAACAAUACCGCUUCCUUGUUUUCUUACGCCAUUUCGAAUGAUGGUGUCCUUCUUGCUCCCGCCCUCUUCGCGGCAUCGAUUUAUAUGACCCUUGGCCGAGUCAUCCGUGCUGUUCGCGGUGAAAGGUUCUCUAUUAUAUCACUGAAUUGGCUUACCAAAACUUUCGUGCUCGGGGACAUCUUGUCCUUUGUUGUGCAAGGGUCCUCCAUUGGACUCAGCGUUACGGGACACGCCACAGGAGCAACGGCCGUCGUCCUUAUUGGCCUAUUCAUCCAGUUAAUCUCAUUCGGUAUUUUUGGUCUUACCGCAGUGAUGUUUUACCGGCGCAUUAUGGAAGCCCCGACACCACAGUGCCAUAAUGCUGAUCUGCCAUGGAAGAGAACCCUUGAAAUGCUCUUUGGUGUCAGUGCGCUAAUCAUCGUUCGCUCCGUAUACCGCGUGGUUGAAUACUCUGUGGGCUCGAAUGGGUAUCUAUUACAGCAUGAAUGGCCGAUGUAUGUCUUUGACACCAUUCCGAUGCUGACAGUGAUGAUUAUCUUCUACAUCUGGUAUCCCAGUCGAAUCCAGCAGCCGAGUUCCUGCGAAGAUCAGCAAACAUCACGACAGCACUACUCAACUCAAUCUUCACUUUCUUCUCAACAUUUUAACCUGCGGUCUAAUGUGUGGUACGCUCCUUGGCAAAAUACUUCGGAUCAAACCAUCAUGUCUAUCCUCGAUCUGAGCGUCUGGAUUGCUUCUCUUAUCAGAUGGAACUGA